AUGGUGCACGUUGAUUUCCCAUUUUCGACAGCAUGUUCGCAAGAUGAAAGAACUUCGCUGUUGGAUUUCAAGGGUGGUCUUAAACUUUCCUCAGGCCGCUUAUCCUCAUGGAUUGGAUUCAACUGUUGCGAGUGGGAGGGUGUUGCCUGUGAUUAUCAUACAUCUCAUGUUAUCGGACUUCGUCUAAGUGCUGAUGUAUCAUACAUCGAGGAGUUGACUGGUGAGGUUCAUCUAAAGAAAAGUCAGUUCAGUGGUGAGAUUCGUCCAUCUCUGUUUAAUCUGCACCAUCUACAGCACUUGGAUUUCAGCUGGAAUGACUUCAAAGGUAUUUCUAUUCCUCCCCAGUUAUCAAAACUCCAGAAACUUACAUUUCUUAGCUUGUCAAAUGCUGGAUUUGGAGGUGAAGUCCCUUUGGAAUUGGGAAAUAUGUCAAGCUUGCGUCAUUUGGAUACCCUUAUGCAUAUAUGUUGGAUGCUUCCGGCAUUAAGUGAGCUGCUCCUGGGAAAUAACCAGCUGUGGGGAACAAUUCCAGAUUCCAUUUCAAAACUGGCUAGUUUGAAAGUAUUGUCACUACCUUCUAGUGGAUUAAGAGUUUGCCCACCUUCGGUACUUGGGAUUGAGGUCUUGCACUAUAGGAGGUGGUUUUCCUGCAUUUUGUCUCAGCAAUAUCAAUUGAAGGGCCUAGAUCUUUCAGGUGAUAACAUUGUGGGAAGUAUUCCUUCAUCGCUGUGGGAUCUUCCUAAUCUUUCAAUGCUCAAUCUUUCAAACAACCAACUGGAAGGUUCUCUACCCCGUCAGAUAUCCCAUAAUUUUACUGUGGUGGAUUUGCAUGGUAAUAGAUUAAAUGGCCCUCUUCCUGCUCUUGAUUUUGUUUCGGGUAUAUUAGAUCUGUCAGACAAUGAAUUUAAUGGCUGCAUUCCUGCAACUAUUGGCACGUCAUCUUUUCUAUCAUUGUUAGUUUUGGACUUGUCAAAGAACAAGUUAACAGGUCCAAUUCCGGCAAACAUUGGGAGGUGCUCUAAAUUAUUGGUUCUAAAUUUGGCUCAAAAUUUUCUGCAAAGGGAGAUUCCACAGGAAUUGGGAAAUCUGGAGGCUCUUCACACAUUAAUUCUCAAUGGCAACAGGCUACAAGGUACCAUUCCUUCAUCUAUUGCAAAUUGCACUAAUCUCCAAGUAUUGGGUUUGGGAAGUAACAGAUUUGAAGGUCGCAUUCCUGUUUGGUUUGCAAAAUUGACAAAUUUAAGAAUUCUCAGCUUGGCUUGUAACAAGUUUAGAGACAGAAUUCCUCCCCAGCUGUUCAGACUGCAAAAUCUUCAAAUUCUAGAUUUAUCUGGUAAUCAAUUAUCAGGAAGUAUUUCUCCAAGUGUGAAAAAGUUAUAUGCUACGGUCAACAAAUCACAAAUUUUCGAUGUACAACUUACCAAUUAUGGUAAUUUACAUGUUGUUUUAGACACAAUCUUUGAAUUAAAAUUUGUGGAUGAAGUGACAGUCUACAUAAAAGGAAGGGCAACUCCAUAUCAAAAGAUAGUCAAAGCAGAUAAGUUCAUAGAUCUAUCACAUAACAAUCUAUCAGGUAACAUUCCUUCGGAAUUGGGGCUCCUUCGUGGUUUAAUUUCUCUAAAAAUAUCAAAAAAUAAUCUUAGUGGCUCAAUCCCAAAAUCUUUGGGAGCUAUGGCUUACUUGGAAUCUCUUGAUCUUUCAGAAAACAAUCUAUCAGGAAAGAUUCCUUCAGAACUCUUAUAUCUCACGUUCCUUGAAGUCAGAACUCUUAUAUCUCACGUUCCUUGA